AGGCUACGUCAGAGAAGGGCGGGUAAAAGUUGGCUUCACGGCUGUGUGCAUCGUCCUGGUACAUUCAGCACUCCACUGGAGACACGACUGCUAGAGACAUACGUACGGGCGACGUGGACCAUAACCGCUUGGAAAGGAUGAUGUGGACGACCCUAUUGCUGUGGCUGGGGGCCCUCCUCUCCCUCUCUUAUGCUCAGUUGUCGGAGACAGAGGGGACGGGAGGGGAAGAGGAAGCUGUGGAGCUCUUUACCACACCCAGAGCCAAGAUGGCUGCCGCCACCUCUGACUUCGGCUACAACCUUUUCCGGGCCCUAGCGGGACGCGACCCCAAGGCCAACGUAUUCCUGGCCCCCAUCAGCAUCUCUGCAGUGCUCACUCAGCUCUCCAUGGGAGCGUCUCCGGAUCGUUCAGAGAGGUGGUUGUACAGAGCUCUGAGGUAUCACACCCUGCAGGACCCUCAGCUCCACGACACUCUCAGGGACCUACUGGCCUCACUCAGAGCACCUGGCAAAGGCAUCAGCAUCGCUGCACGCAUCUACCUGGCCCGCAGACUGCGUCUGAAACCGGAAUAUUUUGGAGUGGUGGAAAAGCAGUAUGGGGUGCGGCCCAAGGCUCUGAUGGGUGGGGCUAAAGAUGUGAAUGAGAUCAAUGAUUGGGUCAAACAGCAGACGGGUGGCAAGGUCGACCGCUUCAUGUCCAAGCCCUUGGGACGGAACUCUGGUGUGGUUCCUCUCGGUGCUGCCUACUUCAAAGGGAAGUGGAUAACUCGGUUCAGUCAGAGUGGAUUGAUGGAGGACUUCCAGCUUGAUGGAGAGGUUCCCGCCCGCAUUCCCAUGAUGCAACAGGACAAUUACCCAGUGAAGAUGGGUGUUGACCCAGACCUGGGCUGCACAAUUGCUCAGAUCCAGAUGCAGGAUGACGUCAGCAUGUUUGUGUUCCUUCCUGAUGAUGUCACUCAGAACAUGACCCUGGUGGAGGAGAGCCUGACGGCUGAGUUUGUUCAGGACCUCUCCAUGACCCUUCACCCCGUGCAUGUUGCCCUUACACUACCUGUCCUAAAAUUCAGCUACUCCACUGACCUCUUGCCACUGCUCUCUGACCUGGGUCUUGCAGAAUUUCUGGCAGACACAGACCUGACUAAGAUCACGGCUCAGACGGUGAAGCUUGGCAGCCUCAAUCAUAAGGUUGUUAUGGAGAUGGCCCCAGAGGGCACCCAGUAUGCCAGCUCCAGCCAAGUCCACGCGCCACUGUCGUACCGCGUGGACCGCCCCUUCCUGUUCCUGGUGAGGGAUGAGGCCUCGGGGGCACUGCUCUUCAUCGGCAGGGUGGUGAACCCACGCAAACUGAGGAUAUAAGUGCGCACACACACAUGUUUGUUUUACUAUUAUUGUGGGGACCAAACAAUUGAUUACCAUUAAAAAUCCUGUGGAUCAGAUAAUACAGUUGGUUAAUCCUGUAGGAAUACCAUGUAUACUAUUUAGGCCAAUAGUCUAAACACUCACUGAUAUUCCUUGAAAGUUGUUUUCAGGAAAAGGAAUUUGAAAAAUAAAGCAAUUUGGAAUAUGGGGAAAUAUGCACCAAAUUCUUUUUUAAUCUUCAACAUAGAAAUGCUACCAAAAAAUAAUUUUAAUUUCUUACGAUGUUGAAACCAAAUAGCCAAAUCAUGUUAAUCUUACUGACAUGCUUCUAAAAGGCACAGACUUUAUGCUUUAACCAAAGAAAAUACUCUUCACAUUAUUGUGUAUUGCGAUGCAAGAAAUAAACAUUUAAGUUUUAAGUCUGUCUGACUGUCUGUGUCUGUCUGACUUCGGUGAGGGAGAUGGAUAACUUUAUCCAGUUGACAUACUGUAGCUGUUUUCAGUAAAGGGUUGGGUUGAUUUGGCAAGAAAUUGGACUCUUGGCUUUUCUUUCUUUAGCUAUUGUGCUGGGAAAUUAAAUUACAGUACUGACACUUUAUUUUCUCAUUCUUCUAUGCACUUCAGUCUCUUUCAAAUAAACAUAGCUGACCAGUG